AAGCAUCCAUCCCACUUAAAAGAGUGAUGACCCGUAUAGGGUUUGAAAAGAAAACGAAGGAAUAAGCAAGCGAGAUGAGGACAAAGAUUGGGCAGUCCGGCAUGGUGGAAGUGGACGGCCCGCCAAGUUCUCCUCGACGACGGCGACGACCAAGACUACGAAGCGUGGUGGUGACUGGCGGCGCUGGUUACAUUGGAAGCCACACGGUGCUUCAACUGCUGCUGGGAGGCUACAAGGUGGCGGUAAUCGACAAUCUCGACAACUCCGCCGCCAUUGCAAUCAACCGUGUUCGGGAACUUGCCGGUGAUCAUGGCCCUAACCUUACAUUCCAUCAGAUGGACCUCCGAGACAAACCAGCGCUUGAAGGGCUUUUUGCGUCUACAAAGUUUGGUGCUGUCAUCCAUUUUGCUGGUCUAAAGGCAGUAGGUGAAAGUGUGAAAAAACCCAUGAUGUACUAUGACAAUAACCUUAUUGGCACAAUCAUUCUAUUGGAAGUCAUGGCUGCCCAUGGGUGCAAAAAGCUUGUGUUCUCAUCAUCAGCUACUGUUUAUGGUUGGCCAAAGGUAGUUCCUUGUACAGAGGAGUUUCCCAUUGCUGCAGCAAACCCAUACGGACGGAGCAAGCUCUUCAUUGAAGAAAUAUGCCGCGACAUCUACCAGUCAGACAAUGAAUGGAAAAUCAUAUUGCUUCGGUACUUCAAUCCUGUUGGUGCACAUCCUAGUGGUUAUAUUGGUGAGGAUCCUCGUGGUAUCCCAAACAAUCUUAUGCCUUUUGUGCAACAAGUAGCUGUUGGUAGGCGACCUGCACUUACCGUGUUCGGAACUGACUACUCAACAGAAGAUGGUACAGGAGUACGUGACUACAUUCAUGUUGUGGAUUUAGCUGAUGGGCAUAUUGCCGCGCUGAACAAGCUAUCUGAUGCUUCUAUAGGUUGUGAAGUGUACAACCUGGGAACUGGGAAAGGGACAUCAGUUUUGGAAAUGGUAGCUGCAUUUGAGAAGGCUUCCGGAAAGAAAAUUCCUCUUAUAUAUGCCGGGCGACGACCUGGUGAUGUGGAGAUUGUCUAUGCAUCAACUGAGAAAGCAGAACGUGAAUUGAAUUGGAAGGCAAAAUAUGGCAUUGAAGAAAUGUGUCGUGAUCAAUGGAACUGGGCCAACAAGAACCCUUACGGCUAUGAACCUCAAGAUCACACUACUUGAUCAGCUGCUAAAGUGGUAGUGUUUAUAGUCUAGAAAAAGUUCUUAAGUUAGGGAUUCCCCUUCUAUUAGUAUAGUCCUAAUUAGGGAUGAAAUAAUUGAAUCUAGUUUUCCCUUUUUGCUCAAUAGCAAGUGAAUCCACUUGGAGUAUAGAAAAUAUUAGGGUUUCUUUUUUGUUCUUAUAAUCUCUUUUUAGUGGUUCUAGUGUUGGGCUGGUGCUUUUCUGCCAUGACUGGAGUCCUCCAAUAAAAAUAAUUUUAACAGUUCCUUUAUCAUA